AUAGCUUAUGUCUGGGAUCGGUAACCGCAUUCAGGAAGUUGUUUGUGGGGAUGGAUUGUUGUCUUCCUGACAACAGCUGGAGGGUUUCCUCUCUUGUAUAGUGUUUUGCCGACGAAGUCUUCUGGUUCUAUAUUUAUUUUGCAGCUUUUUGAAUCCGUUAAAGCUACGGUUUUUCUACUGAACAGAGGAACAAUGGAGGACGACUCAGUUUUCUUCAUUAGCGAUGGGGGACGGAUCACCAGCAACCCGCUGCUGGACCAACUUCCCAGCUACCAGUCGCUGCUGUACCGCAGAAAAUCGUCAAGCGUCAAAAGCAGAGGGAGCUGGAAAGGAAGGCUGAGCAUCUCUAGCAGGAUGAACACGGUCAACAGACUGGAGGAGAGGCAGAAGAGUCAGAUGGAGCAGCGCGCCAUCAGAGAAUUACCCUUACCCAUGGCUGACAAACGCAGACACAAAGAUCAGCGCAAGGAGGAGAGGAAAGACUUAAGCAGCUGCAGACAGUGGAGGGCAGGCGCUCGCAGGUACAUGAAGAGGCUGACGGAUGACGCUCACGCAUUUCUAAGCUCCAUGAAGCUCUGGAGGGCGGACAUCCACCAGAUAGAGGGGAUGUUUGGAACGGGGAUCCUUUCCUACUUCUCCUUUCUGCGCUUCCUGGUUGCGCUCAACCUGAUCGUUUUUCUGGUCAUGUUCUGCUUUGUCAUGCUGCCCAUGAUCAUCGACCCCCAGCCCAGUAGAAAUGUCACCUACAACGAGAAUCAAGGAAAUGUUUGCAGUACCUACCCAAGCACCACUCGCAAGAUACUCAUAAACUACCACGAACAUAUCCGAGAUCUGCUUUCUGGUGAAGGCAUUCUGGAACGGACUUACCUUUUAUACGGCUUCUACAAAAAGGAUGAAAUCCGUUUCCCAAAGUUCAUAUACAAACUGCCGCUGGCAUAUCUCCUCGCAACUCUAGGAUACCUCCUCCUGAGUCUGCUCUGGAUUGUUAAAAGGUCCGCUGAAGGAUUCAAGCGCCAUCUGAUCAAAGAUGAGGAUCGCUUUCAAAGCUUCUGUAACAAGAUCUUUGCGGGCUGGGACUUCUGCAUCACCAGCGAGAGCGCAGCGAACCAGAAGAGGAACAGUCUGCUCUACGAGCUCAAGACUGAUUUGGAGGACGAGCGGAUCAAACAGAAAAUGGCGGAUCGCACCAGACAGGACAAGUGUCGGAUUUAUCUCCUCCGUGUCAUCCUCAACAUGUUUGUCAUUGGAGUGCUGGCCGCUUGCUUCUUCUCCAUCUAUGUUGCCACCACCUUCUCCCAGAAAGAAGGAAAAAAAAACAAAAAGGUGAAUUUCAUGGUGGAUCUCAUCCAUGAGUAUCUGCCCUCCAUAGUCAUCACCUUGGCCAACUUCAUCACGCCGCUCCUCUUCUCUGUCAUCAUCAACUAUGAAGAUUACUCGCCCGCCUUCGAAAUCCGCUUCACUCUCAUGAGGUGUGUCUUCAUGCGGUUGACCAGCAUUGUCGUUUUGCUCUUCUCUCUGUGGUCUCAGCUCAAUGAUUGUGGAACGGAUCCCUGUGGCAACCAAAAACUUUGCCCUUGCUGGGAGACCCGUGUGGGCCAGGAGAUGUACAAGCUCACCAUAUUUGACUUCAUCAUUAUUCUUGCAGUCACCAUCUUUGUGGAGUUUCCCCGAAAGAUGCUUGUAAAUUUCUGUGCUUGUCCCUUGGCUAAGAUGUGGGGCCAGCAGGAGUUCAGUAUUCCUCAAAAUGUGCUGGAAAUUGUCUACGGUCAGACCAUCUGCUGGAUCGGCACUUUCUACUGUCCCAUGCUUCCGGCCAUCUGCACCAUCAAAUACUUCUGUAUCUUCUACAUCAAAAAGUUGUCGUUGAUCAGAAACUGCCGUCCGGCCACCCGGCCGUUUCGAGCGUCCAGCUCCAAUUUCUUCUUCCUUGGUGUGUUGCUGAUCGGCCUGAUUCUCGCCUGCUUGCCCAUUUCUAUUAGCCUUGCUCAAAUAAAGUCCUCGCAGGCGUGCGGACCGUUUUUUAGGUACAACACGUCCUGGGAGGCGCUUCCAGACGCAGUAGAAGCCCUGCCACAAAACGCCAAAACCUUCAUUCACUUGCUCGCGUCAGAGACCUUCGCCGUCUCUUUCUUUGUGGUUACGUGUUUGGCCAUGUUUUAUGUGAUUGCUCUUGCUGGAGCUCACAAGAAAGUCAUCAAUCAACUAAGGGAGAAGCUCGUCAUGGAGGGCCAGGACAAACGCUUCCUGAUCCGGAAGCUGUGUCAGGCCCAGAAUGUCCGAGGGGUCAAAUCCACACCUCGGCUCUGCAGUCCCAGCAGGCGGAGCCCCAGCUACCACACCAGCUUCUCCAGCAAUUUCAGCGAGGCGGUGGUCCUGGCACAUUCUCCACCAAAGUCCUCCACUCACGUGUGAGGCACGGAGAAGACAAACAUGCGGGAGUUGAACCAACAAAAUAAAUAUGAUCUACAUUGUUUCUACUUUUCUUACAUUCAUUUGUUUUGUUUUGUUUUCCUGUAUUAACACUGACACGUGUUUCUGCGAAUAUGCUAACAUCCUGUCAGUUUUCAGUGUUUUUCUUAUGACAUAUUUUUAUAUGUAGUCAAAAUGGUUUUAGGUCUGCUGUUGUGUUUUUACUCGUAUCUUUUCCUUCUAAGAAGGACUUAAUUUCACAUUAAUGUGCUUCACUUCUUUAUAAACAGCGUCUUUACAUUUCAUGCACUUUAAGAGUUUGUUUCAGCGUUCUUUUUACCAAAGCGAUCUGUAUUUAGCCAUGUGUACAUUUCUUUAUUUGGUUUUAUACACAACAUUAUAGAAACAGCUGUGCAGUAAACUAAUAAAUUUGCAUUGUUUGAACAAAA